CAACAAAAACCAGCAGGUGUCUCAGACCACAGCAGAGCUCAGAGAAGCCUCCAGAGGAAGCAGAGGAAUCAGCAUGGUGGAGUUUGCACCUCUGUCUGUGCCACUGGAACGCAGACUGCAGACCUUCGCGGUCCUGCAGUUGAUCUUCUCUUACUUGGCCCUGUACUUGGUCUGCUACGUAGUCUUCAUUGGCCUCCUGUUCACAAGAUUCUGGAUGAUCAGUAUCCUGUAUGCAAUCUGGUGGUACCUGGAUCGAGACACGCCACGGCAGGGGGGCAGGCAGAGUGAUUUCCUAAGACGUGGGACCGUAUGGAAGUACAUGAAGGACUAUUUCCCCAUCUCGCUGGUCAAGACUGCCGAACUGGACCCCUCCCGAAACUACCUCGCUGGCUUCCACCCUCAUGGGAUCCUCUCCACCGGAGCUUUUGCCAACCUGGGCACUGAGGGCACUGGCUUCUCCUCUGUUUUCCCAGGCAUCCGCUCACAUCUGAUGUUGAUGUACUGCUGUUUCUGGGUCCCUGUCUUCAGGGAUUACAUCAUGGCUGCAGGGCUGGUCUCAUCAGAGGAGGAGAGUGUUGUUCACAUUCUGAGCAGGAAAAGAGGCGGCAACCUGCUGUGCAUCGUUGUUGGGGGUGUCCAGGAGUCACUGACUGCCAGGCCUGGAGUCUACAAGCUGGUGCUGCGGAACCGCAAGGGCUUCAUCAGGCUCGCCCUGAUGCACGGGGCAGAUCUGGUGCCGAUCUUCUCCUUUGGGGAGAAUGACAUCUAUGACCAGGUUGAGAACUCUCCUGGCACCUGGUUGCGGUGGUUUCAGGACCGACUUCACAAGAGCACUAGAUGCUCCAUCCCUCUCUUCUAUGGCCGUGGAGUCUUCCAGUACAGCUUUGGUCUUAUGCCCUACCGCCGACCCAUCACCACUGUGGUGGGGAAACCCAUCGAAGUGCAGAAGACACCUCAUCCCUCCCAGGAGGAGGUGGACAGGCUUCACCAGCGCUACAUAAAGGAGCUGGAAAAUCUCUUCGAAACCCACAAGCUCAAGUACAACGUCCCCAGAGACCAACACUUGGAGAUCUGCUGAGCACCUCCCCAGAGGAGGGGCUCCUCCAAAAGAUGAGGUUCGUAUCAGAGGUUAAAGACCUUUCUAGAACCCUGGUUCCAAUAUGAAACCUGUCUGCCCAGGUGUUCUGCUCUCAUCUUGCCUACUGUCUUCCCAAUCUUGGAAAAACUGUACAUUGAAAAUACCAGUGGCAUCAGCUGGAUACACACUUCCACCUACAUGACACUGUCUGCUGGCUGCAUGUCCCCUCACAACAUUUAUCCCCUCUCAUCUUCACCUAUAAAUGAUUCAUCCAUAACUGAGGGUCCAAUCAAUGCCAGCUCUUCCUCAUCCUUUCUGUUUAUAAAUGCUUGGAAAUGGCUUUAAAAGAUCUGAGACGGUCUGUGUCAAGCACCAACUACAUAUGGAGUUUUGUUAGAUUCCAUAUCUCUCUCUCACACUCUACCAGAGAGCUGACCUGAGAGUUUCCUUCUUCUACAAGUUGAACUGGUGCCAUGUCUGUCAAGUUACAUCCUUAGUGAGAGAAUGAAUAGAAACAGAUGGGCAAGAAGUUUCCUUCUCUCAGCUAUUUUAUGAGGGGCCCUGAAUUGAACAAGAACAGCAUCAAACCCUGGUCUUAUCAUUAAAUAUCAAUGUUCAGUUCAGUUCAGUUCAGUAGCUCAGUCGUGUCCAACUCUGUGACCCCAUGAAACGCAGCACGCCAGGGCUCCCUGUCCAUCACCAACUCCCGG